CGCAUCAGAAAGUCGCCAUCAGUUUGAGUCGAAGCACGGCGGAAGCUUCACACCGGACCACCUCCACCAGCUCCACAGCCGCCGAAAUAUCCUUCGAAUGCAUUUGCAUCCAUUCUUCGAAAGCUUUGAACAGGUGCGACAGGCCCCUCCUCACAACUCCGCAUAGGCCUCGCCCCGAGGCACAUCCGACGCAGGCUCGAAUCAUGGCGCCUGUAGCGACAGACGCCAAGAGCGGUCCUCCCCCAAACGGAGACUCUUUCGCAAGCGGGACCGAGGCUUUACCAGACCUAGCCCAGCUGAUCAGUCGCGCAUCUAAAAGAAGCAGAUUGCUGUUCGCAGGCGGCGAUGCAUCCUCCUCGUCUCCCUUGCCGGACUUUGCGACUGGAAGUGGAUCAGGCCUGGAAGCAGCCGAAAGGGCCAGGUCGAGCGUGAUGGAGGACGCUUUCAAAGAUGCCAAGCAUCUUCCGGCCGCAUUGCUAGAACAACAAGGUGCAGUGGGACCCUCAAGACCGGGAGGCGGAAACAAGCGUGGCAGAGAAGAAGCGCCAUCUACAAGCAGCGGUCCAGCAGCUUCCGCAGGAGUCGUUGCGCUUAGAAGAUCAGAGGGAUUCGCAUCUGCUUCGGGAGGAGGGAGCUCGCUGAACACCGCAUUGAUACGCAAAAAAGAAGCGGAAGAGAGGAAGUUGAAACCGCAAUUGCACGCUCAGUGGAAAUUGUCAAGGGUCAUCUCGGGGCAUUUGGGUUGGGUCAGGUGCGCUGCGGUGGAACCGGGAAACAAGUGGUUUGUCACUGGUGCUGGAGACCGCAUGAUCAAGGUGUGGGAUUUGGCCUCCGGAGAGCUCAAAGUCUCCCUGACGGGUCACAUUUCUACUGUACGAGGACUCGCGAUCUCUUCGCGGCAUCCAUACAUGUUCUCAGCGGGAGAGGACAAGGUGGUGAAGUGCUGGGAUCUAGAGACAAACAAGGUCAUCAGGCAAUACACCGGACACCUUUCGGGCAUCUACUCUCUCUCUCUUCACCCAACCAUCGACGUGCUUGUCUCAGCUGGUAGGGAUGCAGUGGCUCGAGUCUGGGACAUGCGGACCAAGGCGCAGAUCCACGUCCUGGGUGGCCACAGAGGAACGAUUGCCAAUGUCCAAUGUCAAGACUCGGAUCCGCAGGUUGUGACAGGCAGCAUGGACGCCACUAUCAAAUUGUGGGACUUGGCGGCCGGAAAGUCGAUGACUACCUUGACUCAUCACAAGAAGAGCGUCAGAGCUCUGGCUCUGCAUCCAACAGAGUUUUCCUUCGCCUCUGGCUCUGCAGGUGGCCGGAAUGUGAAGACGUGGAAAUUCCCAGAAGGAACGCUGAUCAACAACGCUACGACGGAUAAUAUUGUCAACACUCUAUCGGUCAAUGCGGAUGGUGUUCUGUUUGCCGGCUCAGACAAUGGAGCCCUGCGCUUCUUUGACUAUGCCACGGGAACACCAUUUCAGACAACAGAGGACGUCCCUCAGCCCGGCUCAUUGGACGCAGAAGCUGGCGUGUUUUGCUCCACCUUUGAUCAGACCGGCACGAGGCUUAUCACUGGCGGUGCAGACAAGACUAUCAAGGUGUACAAAGAGGCGUAAUCACAUUUGUGUUCAUGCUCAAUCGAAAAUUCACGAGCUUUGGUGUGGUCUGUAUUCAAGGGAUCGACUCAAAGCGCAUCCGAGUUGCUCGAUUGAAAAAGCUUAGUGUGCCUCCUGUCUCAGAUAUGCCGGAGCUAUAGGUGGGCAAUGGAGCACAGCUAGUUGACAGAGCUGAC